CAGCAUCCCGUCAGGCUGAGCAGACCACGAAGACACACACACAGACACACUGAAACACUGAGAAGAAGAUCAAGGAAUAUAAGGAAGACAGAGGGCUUUUUGCACUACAGGUCAGCUGCUGAGUCUCGGCUUCAGUGGUCGUGUAUAAUGCGCUUGGCUGAUGAACAGAAAUCACCAGAAGAAGAAAUGAGUUUGGGGGCAGCGUGCAUUUUCUUGCGAGGAGGGAAAAAUGUUUCAAGACAGCUGGCUGAUGAGGAGAUUGAUGAGCUGCGUGAUGCAUUCAAUGAGUUUGAUAAAGACAAGGAUGGGCUGAUCAGCUGUAAGGACCUGGGGAAUCUGAUGAGGACAAUGGGCUACAUGCCCACGGAGAUGGAGCUGAUUGAGCUGAGUCAAAAUAUCAACAUGAACCUUGGUGGAAAAGUGGACUUGGAGGACUUUGUGGAGCUGAUGGCCCCGAAACUUCUGGCAGAAACGGCUGGGAUGAUUGGCAUGAAGGAGCUCAAAGACGCCUUUAAAGAGUUCGACAUGGACGGAGACGGAGAGAUCACAACAGCGGAGCUGCGGUUGGCCAUGACCAAGCUGAUGGGAGAGCACAUGAGCCAAAGGGAGAUAGAUGCCAUUGUAAAAGAAGCAGAUGACAAUGGAGAUGGCACAGUAGACUUUGAAGAGUUCGUCAGAAUGAUGUCCAACCAAUGACAAUCGAGGAGACCAUCAAUCAAGAAAGUACCUUUGCACCUCUACGGACAGGCCUUCAUAUCAAUGCUGUCUCUCUAUAAAUCUCUUUGACAGAUGAACUUAUAUAUUAAGAACAUGUAAUGAUGUUGAAAUUCAAAUAGAAAUGCUGCAGAAAAAAAGUCAAGCAAUGUCAAUUUGUUCUCAGAGAGAAUUUUACAUCUAUGCAAAGAUUGACAAUCAUUUACUGUACUGAGACAUGUUUUAUGAUCAUUGAAAUGAGUGUGAAAACAAAUAGAACCAUCUUAUUUUGUUUGAUAUUUAUUUUAUGUAAAGAAAGUCUUAUUUUGGAUUGUUUUGUUGAAUUGGAUUACAUGUAUGUAUUGCUAAUGGAACAUAUUUUUUCUUUAUUUAAUUAUUCUGACAGUAUUCUAAUCACUGAAACAAUGCUAUAAUGCACAAUUAGAUAUAAAGGUAUAAAAAGAAACUACUUUGUAUAGCAUAUUAACAUAUACAGUAUUAAGCCUGCUUGUUGUAAUGUGUUGACUACAUACUUUAUUUGUGGAUGUAAUCCAACAAUUUAAAUCCUGGUAACAGGUAUUUUCCAGAUAUCUAAAUAAAACACCUAAGUAUAAACUUUG